AUGAGCUGCAAAUCUUGCGGAGGAUGCUUUACUGGCUCAGGAUGCAUUACUACAAAGAAGUCUAGUGAUAAAAUACAACAGACCAACGAACGGUUUUCUGCUCUUUUACAACUUGCAUCAACAUCAAACACAACAACGUCUGAUCAUGAUCAUAUCAUUCCAACCAUAACUGCUGAGCUCGCGAGGAACAAUUACUCAUCUCAGGUGUCCCUCCUGGAAGCACACAGUCAACUAUCUCUCGAGGAUUUUCUAGAGCUUGCUCAAUUAUACUGGUUCUACGAUAUUCGUGGAUUUCUUAUUGCUUGGACAUGGGAAUAUCACAAGGGUAACGCAAUCCAAUGCCUUGAAGCUAUGCGCGACCAAGGCAAUCAAAAGCUGCUUUUAUGGGAUUAUUUGGAUGGUCAGGCUGAAAUUCACGAGACAUUUAAUGGCCUAGAACUAGGCAUGGCAGGUCGAGUUAAAAGAGAUCCAACUAAUAAGUGGUUUGGUAAGAUCGAAAUGCCAACCUCCUUAGGAUUAGCGUUUUGGAUUUGA